UAUAAUGGAAACUUGGGAAAGAGAAGGGGAUCAGAAGAGGAUUUGGAACAUCCAACAUACCCGGCGGCUAGAACAACGAAACUGGGAGAUCUUCUCGUCGAGUAGAUAAUCGAUGGCGUCGGCGCUUCGUUUCGCGGCGAGAAAGAUGUGCAGCCGCGUCCUUCAGCGAGCACCGCAUCCGUAUUUGUCGGCGAGCGCCUCAGCGGCCGUCAAGGAGGGACAGCGGCGGAUCGGCCAUGCCGGGAGCUCCCUUCGCCGAUUUUGCUCCUCAGGAUCACCUAAUCUUGUUAAUAACACCAAGCAUGGAGUGCAAUCAGCCGCGGAAUCAGCUUCGUUCAUCAGUAAUGCGGAAUACACACCAUGGUGGUCAGAUAAUCACCCUAAGUUUCUACGCAACAUAUUUCUGUAUACAGUCGCGGUGUCUACAGGAAGCGUUGCAACGCUCUAUGCGGUGGCCCGUAUACAUGGGGGGCCAUUAUUCAGGGAAGCAUUAGGAUUGGAGCCUAAUCCAAGCAACAAGGAUGAUCGACAGUCAGAUUAACAUGCUCUGUUUCAACUAGAUCUAUAAACGUUGUGUCGUUAUGUGCUUGCUUAUAUUAGUAUUUGUAUUGACUAUGAUGACGCUUUGGGCUGCUUCAGUGUAUUGACUGUUGAAUAAUGUAUAUGGGCGUGUGUUGAGA